GAUGGAGAAAAUCCAGCUUCACCAAGAAGCCCAGUAAGUCCUGGCACUUUAAGCCUCUCCAGCCCUGGAACACCCAAACCUAGGAGCCCUACGACACCCAAGCUUGCCAGUCCUUGGAUACCCAAACCAGCCAGCCCCAGGCUGUUAAAGCUUUCUAGUCCUGGGACUGAAAAGCCUAUCUGUGCUGGGAAAAAUAAGAAUCCAGAUAAGAAGAAAGUUUUGACCAUUCAGCGGACAUUUGACAGCGAGGAGGAGGAACUGUAUCAGAACUAUAAGGAGAAGGCCCUGCAUAAUGAUUCAGAUGAAGAUGCUGAUUCCAGAGAGCCCAGCGCUGAUAAUGGCAUCGUGGUGCAGUACAGACCCAUACGCACCUCCUGGAGCCAGCUCAGUGUGGUCAAGAAAAAUGGUUUGUCUGACCGGAUGAGUCUGGAGGAACGCAAAAGACAAGAGGCCAUUUUCGAGGUGAUCUCGUCGGAGCACUCUUACCUCCACAGUCUGGAGAUCCUGAUCCGCAUGUUCAAGAACUCUGGGGAGCUCAGCGAGGCCAUGACCAAGACCGAACGCCACCACCUCUUCUCCAACAUCAGCGACGUCUGUGAGGCUAGCAAAAAAUUCUUUAAGGAAUUGGAGGAAAGACACCAUCAGAACAUAGUCAUUGACGACAUCAGCGACAUUGUCUGCAGGCACGCUCAGUCCAACUUUGACCCUUACAUCACGUACUGCUCCAAUGAGGUCUACCAGCAGAGAACCCUGCAGAGGCUCGUGUCCAAGAAUCCAGCCUUUAAGGAGGUGCUGACCAGGAUCGAGGGCCACCCGGACUGCAGGAACCUCCCCAUGAUCUCCUUCCUCAUCCUGCCCAUGCAGAGGAUCACUCGCCUGCCCCUGCUCAUGGAUACAAUUUGUCAGAAGACGCCUAAAGACUCUGCGCAGUAUGAAGAGUGUAAGAAGGCGUUACAAGGAGUCAGCAAGGUGGUGAGAAAGUGUAAUGAAGGAGCUCGCACAAUGGAAAGAACAGAAAUGAUGUACACCAUCAACUCUCAGCUGGAUUUCAAGAUUAAGCCGUUCCCCCUGGUCUCAUCCUCCAGGUGGAUGGUGAAGAGAGGAGAGCUGACGGCCUUCGUCGAGGACAACGGCAUCUUCCUCAAGCGGACGCAGCGGCAGCAGGUCUAUUUCUUCCUCUUCAACGACGUCCUCAUUGUCACCAGGAAGAAGAGUGAGGAGAGUUACACCGUGAUCGACUACGCUCUGAGGGACCAGAUCUGGGUGGGGUCCUGCCAGCCUGAGGAUGUCAACCUGUCACCGGUCAGAAGCACCAGCAGCAUGCUCAGCUCCCGGCAAGCCGGCGCCAAUCAUCUUUUCCGUCUGCGUUUCCGCAGCAACCACUCCGGGGAAAAGGUGCCGAUGAUCCUGGGGACGGAGUUGCUAAAUGAGCGUGCUCGAUGGAUCAGUGCUCUGGGCCAGAACGUCAACAACAAGAAGAGCGAGGACAGAAUCAACGCCAUGCAGAUGGAGGUGAUCAGGACGUACACAGCCAAGCAGCCGGAUGAGUUGUCACUGCAGGUGGCGGAUGUGGUGCUGCUCUCACAGACUGUAGAAGAUGGCUGGUGUGAAGGUGAGCGACUGCGCGACGGAGAACGGGGGUGGUUCCUCGCCGAGUGCGCCGAGCCCAUCACGUGUCAGGUCACCAUCGAACGCAACAUGCAGAGGAUGGACCGGCUGCAGGGGCUGGAGACGAACGUGUGAGCGAGCCGGCUGCUUCGACCACGGAGGGCUUCUCCUGCAGCUGUUAGUGACCCUUUGAAACAACAGUGAGCCGCCUUAUGAAGUGGUGAACCCGGAGAAAUCAGGUCAAUAACAGCACGAGUGACCUGCCUGCUGGGACCAUGUGUGACAAUGUGUGGGAGCUGUGAGGCUGCUGGGAUAAAGAUGAAGCCAUAAUUCAGAUGUCUGCUCAGCGUCCACUAAAUCUGAGUUCAGAACAAAUGCAGAAAGAGGACGGAUUUCCUUAACUGGUCCUCGUGGGUGGGUGGGCUGGUGAGUGUGACAGUGGGAUCUGUCACAUUCUCUAAUUCCCUGGUUGUUUGGAAAACUUCACACCCACGGCCAAAAUCCCUGCUUUCAACACUGUUUGUGUCAAAGUUCUAAACUUUUUUUCGAACAUAUUUUUGAGCACAAGUGAUCAUUUAGAAACAGCUCCAGUGCUAUGGGACAUAAGGUAGAACACACAGUAUGAAGAUGACAGCAGCCUGAUGUCUAAGAAUGAGACUGAGGCUCAGGACAUGAAAUCAGGAGCUCUGCCACUAACAAUGUAACUAUGUGGAUAAUGAUGCAGGAGGCUGAGAUUGGCAGCUUCUUUACAGUGUGUGGAUUAAGCUUCAACCACACCACUACGAUUCUUUUUUUACAACACGUCUCUGUUGCUGUGUUUACGCCCCCAACACAAACCCCCACACUGGAGUUUUUUUUAGUACCUAAAUCAGAAGUUUGGAAACACUGCUGGUCCCGUUUUACUUUGAAAACUCUGGGGCUAAGAACAGAGAAGUUUGACACAAUGACCAAGUCACCUCACUGAUUGGUUGACAUCAAUGAAGACUUCACCAGAUCACCAAUGGAGCCAGAACGUUCUUAAUGAAAUCCCUUGUAUUUCUUUUCACCAUUGUAGUUUCUCAUUUAUAAGUAAGCAACCGACUGCACAGCAAACAAUCUGCUUCCUGUUCAAACCGGCACUUGCAUGCCCAGUGUACAUGAAUGGUCAAAUGAUUUGCGUUUCAGCUAUUGUUCUAGUUUUAACGGUUUUAAAAUUAGAAGAGCUUCGAUAAGGCCCAAUGAUCCCCUUAAAUCCAAUCAAGCUGCACAAAAUUGCAUAUACUUAUACAUAUCAGUUCUCUAAACAAGCUUGAUUUUUUAAAAUCCUGGCCCAUUAAGUGUGUCCAAAAAUACCCUAUCUCACUGUGGAAAAAUUAAAGUGAUGAAAAAAAAUUCCUGGAUUAGCUCCCUGAUCUUGAUCCUCACAAAAUCCUUCCAAGUUUCAUGGUUAUCGUCCUCGAAAAACAAACUCAAAAGUAGUGGUAUGGCUGCAGCCUUAUUAGCGUAGAAACUCACCUGAUGGCAAGUGAAACUACUAGUGAUUUUAACAACAGACAUGUUGAUGGUGUGUGUUGAGAUGCAAAAAAAGGAAUGAAUGGUAUGUCUACAGCCAGAGGCACUUUGUGUAAAUAGUCAUUAAUUGGAUAAUAUUGAGAAUUACAGUCAUCUUAGAGGGAUGAUUUCAUUUGUACAUGUUGCUAAGCAGAGAGGCCAAGUAUCUGUUUUCCGCCAUGCGGUUUGUCACCAGUUAAUGUCCCCCUCAUGACUCACACUCUAAAGAUUUGUGUCACAACUGCCAUUAUUCUCUCCAUCCACUCAGUGAUUUGUACAGCCUGAAAUAUUACACACACUUGAUGCCAGCCAGAGGUGCAUAAAUAAAUAUCCCCCUUCAGGAUUUAUAUGUGGUGUGUAUGUGUGGGAUGUUACAGAGGCAAACUGAAAUUAAUUUGCGUGUGCUGAUGGGAAGAGACGGAGCAGCUCGGCCCGGCUUUUAAUUUGAUUGUCCACAGUGAGUCAUGUUUUUAGUGUCCAGCUAAAGGAAAUAAAUGGCUCGGUCAGUCUGAUGAUAACGCCAUCUAUCAAGCCCACUCUGGCCCCGGCCCAAACGACAGCGACCACGACCGUCGAGCUACGUGACGCGAGGUAUGACAGAAGUGGGCAGACAAAGCUUUGUAUUUGCACUCAGGGAAAAUUAGCUACGUGAUACGACGCGUCUAAACAUGAAUUCAUCUUUACUUCAAUCACUUUGUCAUUUUGUAACUAUUGUAAAUCAACUGCGUUCAUGUAAAUAUGUAAAACAGCCUGAAUUGUAACAUGUUUUCCUAAAUACAGAUUUAUAUUGAAGAAACUUUCCUAGUUGACCUUAUUAAUAAAAAGGCUUAAUUGC